GAAGUUAGCAUGUUGCUCUAACAAAAUGGGGAUUUAUGACAAGAAGCUUAAUAGAGUUAAUUCUGAACCAAGUGAUACUGUCCAGUUGGAUUCUUGUCUUAAAAUCCCAAAGACGCACAAUCCUUUGGAGGGAGAUACACUUAAGCUCAAGCUAAGGAUGCAAAUACCCUUUGGUCUGUUGUCAUUUCUACCGCUGUAACGGGGUUCCAGGAGGAGGUGGCAGCAAGAAAGUUGUCAGUGUCACCAACUUAAGUGGCAAUUUUGCAUUAGUGAUGAGGUACUGUCAAAGAUGAAAAUGCCUUUUUGGUCUCCUCGGAUGCUGCUUCAGCUAAAGUAUCUUUUUUUUUGGAAGUUUCUCCAUGGGUAGAUCGGUUGCAUUCAAAUUUUGCUGGUCGGGAAUUACAAUCCUGUGACAAAUUUCGCUUAAGGCUUUAACUUUCAUAAGUGUGUAUAUUUAAGUCGUUCAAGAAACACUGUGGCUGACCUCCUUGGAGGGUAUACGCUGUUUUUGACGAAGAGGUGGAUAAUUCGAAUGGGCGUUUACUAAAGAGUUAUCCAGGAUAGCAACAUAGGCAGUUGGGUUUAUUUACCAAAUCUGGUAGACCAAAGGAGUCUGACAAAGAGCAAACCAAGUUCCGUAUCCAAAUUCCAGUCUUUAAACGCAGAUAUAAUAUAAAUGUGGAAGAAAAUACAAUUCAUAAUUCACCUGGUAGGCCUAAUUCUAAUUCUAAGGAAUGGAAGACGACACUGCAGCAGAUGGAAAACAAAAUUGUGAGAAAUCUGGAGGUUGUGAAGAGUACAUAAGGAAACAGUGGAGCUCGUUGUGAACCUUUGUGUACUUGGGUAUAAUGAUAGAUUCAAGCUAGGUGCAGAACACAUCUGAAGAGUCUGAAUAGGUUCAUCAGAUAGACGCAGGUGCAGUUGGCGAGAAGGGUAGCUCAGUAGAAACAUGGAAUCUGAAGUUGUUAACAGAUUUUUAUAAAUUUUGCUGAUACUGCGCUUCAAAACUUGGUUGCUGCAUAAAGAUGUGUCUGACUGAUGAUGAUACAUGGUUGUUAUUUGUUAAGGGAGUUAAGGCGGUUGGGCUUGCAAGUGGUGCCAGGCCCUUCUGGCUAUGUCGGGCCAGAGGGUCAGGCCUAGCUUUGCCAGACAACAUUUUUUUUCCCCUGCACAUAAACUUAAUAAUUUAAGAGAUAAUUUAAUGCAUGUGGUACAGCUUAUUAUGCACACUAACAGCAAGAGUUGAUUCUCCGCCCAGUGAACUUCAUGUUCCAAGUCAUGCAUUAAAUGCUACCUCCCUGUAAAUAGUAUGCAGUGUUGAAAUGGCUAGUUAAUUAGCAAGUAGUGUUGUUUGCAUCACUCACAAAUGUUAAUUAUCUCCACUGCAUGUUCUGUACUUACUAGAGCAUAUCAAGCACUGGCACUGGAAUAUCUUUUAAGUAUAAACUAAGCAAAAUUGAUUGCUUGUUCUACUCUCCUUAGUUGUUGUUGAUCACAUACAGCCACUACUAUGUAACUAAAACCAUAUGCCUAGUUAGUUUUCUUCAUUCACAUAAUCACAAUUAAUUAGACAUUCAUCAUCUUCUUCUUCUUCUAAAUCCCAUGGCUUCUUCUUCUUUGUCUGUUAUUCAGUUUCUUGUUGUUUUCUUCUUUGUUUCUCAAUUACCAUCCUCUUCUUCUCUACCUGAUGGUAUAGUCUUCAAACUCAAAAGAGAUACAUCAACUCUCCAGUAUAUGAUUAAAUUCAGCCAAGGAACUCCUAAAGCCGACGUAAAACUAGCUCUCGAUCUCGGCGGAAAAUUACCAUGGUUUGAUUGUCAUGAAGGCUAUAACUCGUCAUCAGCUCGACGAGUCAAGUGCAAGUCAUCCCUAUGCUCACUAGCCAACAGAGAAAAUACUACCAGUACAUGUAGCCAUAACAGUCACUGCAGCAUUCACAAACUUAACCCGGUAACUCAGUCUAUCAGCGAAGGUGAGCUCAUUUCAGAUCUUGUGACUACUAUAUCUAACCCUCAUAAUCCACUAAAGAAUAAAAAGAAACCUAGUGACCCUGAAAGUUAUGAUACACCUGUUAUUUCGCGCCGUCGCCUUACGUUCGGUUGUGCAACUACAAGUAAUUUCUUUGGUGGACUUGCUAAAGGUGCUAAAGGCGUGGCUGGUCUUGGACGUUCAUCUGCUCUUUCUCUGGUUUUCCAGUUUGCAAUCAGAUUCCGGUUCCCACGCACAUUUGCUGUGGACUUAUUAGAAUCAAAUGUUUAUUUCGGAGGCGGACCUUACGUUCAUCGCAACUUCUACUGGGAUCAUGAUAAAUCUAGAGUUCUAGAGUACACCCGGUUCUUGAUUAACCCAAUGUCCAUCGAAGAAUAUUUUGUUGAUCUAAAAUCGAUCAAGGUAUACGGCAAAACUGUACCAAUAGACAAAAAGUUGCUCUCCAUCAACAAGGGGACUGGAGUUGGAGGAACGAAAAUCGACAUUCAAACUCCUUUUACCACAUUGCAGACAUCAAUCUACAAGGCAUUUAUCAAAAUUCAUACCGAAUGGGCUAAAAGCAUGAAUAUCUCUAUGGUUACUCCGGUUGCGCCAUUUACUGCCUGUUACAACUCGUCGACAUUACCUCCAUUUAACGGAAAUCGUCAGACACCGGGUGUUACCUUCGUGUUUCCGAAGAAUGAAUGGGGAGUCGCAUGGCGGGAUCUGGUAGAAGUAAACGAAGCUACCAACUGUGUGGGAUUUGUUGAUGGUGGUUUAAAGCCAAUGACUUCAAUUGUUAUCGGUGCACGUCAGAUAGGUUUUGCAGAGUUCGAUAUUUCAAGAUCAAGAUUGGGAUUCUUGCAACCAAAUUUUAUGACAUAAACGGUAUUUGUAAUUGGUAAAAACUUUUUACCUAAUAUUUUUGUUUUCUUUGUAAUUUGUGUGCACAGAAUUAGUGGUAUUACUAUAUUAUUGAUGAGGAUUUGAUACCAAGUUCCGGCAUGAUCUCCUCCUUCUUUUCUGUUUUUCUUUCAAUAAAAUAUAUCUGCCUUGAAUAUAAU